AUGUCGGACGAAGAACAAUACUACACCGAUGAGGCUACAACUACAGUGGCUGUAGAUGCAGCAGGUGCAGUAACCGCUGAGGAUGAUUUCACAUUGAAUGAGUCUCCACCACUACCUUCAAGGGAACCAAUCCAAUCGUGUUUACACAUUGACGAAGAAACAAUUACAUCCGACGUUGAUCCCAACUCCAUCACCAGAUUGAACGAAAUACUGCAUUCAUAUGACAAGUCUACAUCGAAUUACCUCCUUCAAUCGAAACACAGGGUAUUAUCAAUCAAAUUUCACGACAAGAAUACCUCCACACAACGGUCGAUAGAGUCAGGUGCAGAUGAUAUUCGAAGAACAUUUAAUCAAAUAAAAAGUGCUGUAAGCGUUGCUGGAACACCAUACAACAUCGACUGGGAUUUCUGGACAUCCGUUGUUGAAAACUACGAUGAUAUUGUUGAGCAGAAUCCUGACCAAUUGAAUAAUGCAAUAAAUCAAGGUAUACCUAAUGAAAUAAGAGGCAUUAUUUGGCAAAUCAUCACGAAAUCAAAAGAUUCAAACUUGGAGGAUUUCUACCAUUCGUUGAAAUUGGAAGUGUCAAUCCAUGAAAAGGCUAUAAAGCGAGACCUAACGAGGACAAGUUUUUACACAAAUAUUGAUGAAUUUGAUAAAACUGAUGCCUUGUUUAAUGUAAUCAAAGCGUAUUCCUUGUAUGAUCCUGAUGUUGGGUACACCCAAGGGAUGAUUUUUAUUGCAGCACCAUUAAUUAUGAAUAUGUCUGAAAGUGAAUGUUUUUGUCUACUAGUUUUGCUCAUGAAGGAAUACCAAUUGAGGGAUUUAUUUUGCCCCGGAAUGAAAGGGUUGCAUUUGUUGUUGUAUGAAUUUGAUUGCUUGUUGGCAAAGUAUUCUCCAGUGUUGUAUAAUCAUUUGGUUAAACAGGGAAUCAAGUCUUCGAUGUAUGCAAGUCAAUGGUUUCUCACAUUUUUCGCAUACAAAUUCCCUCUCAACAUCGUGUUGCGGAUAUAUGACAGCAUAAUUACUCAAGGAAUGGAGUCGAUAUUGAAGUUUGCCGUCAAUUUAAUGAUUCAGAAUGAGGAGAGCUUGCUUAGUUUGAAUUUUGAUAAAUUGUUGCAAUUUCUCAAGGACAAGUUGUUUAAUAUUUAUGUUAGCCCCGAGUUCAUUGAUAUCAAGGAUGAUGCAAAGUCAACCAAGCUCAAACAAUUUCUCACUAGAGGUAAAUCCGGUCAAGUGCCACUUUCACAUAUUGGUGCCUCAUCAUACUACAGGUUGGAUGACUUAGUGCAUGAUUCAAUGAAGAUCAACAUUGACCCUGUUGAACUUGCCAAGUUUGAAUUGUAUUUCAACAAGUAUUACGAAGAUGAAAAAUUGAAACAAAAGGAUAUCGACCAUAUGAAUAGUGAAAAUGGUAAACUCCGCAAAUCGUUAAAGACAUUGGAGUUUCAAUACUCCAACUUGAACCGCGAUCAUGUUGAUAUUGUUCAAAAGAUGGUGGAUUUGAAAGUGACUUUGCCAGAAAUUGUUAAUGAAAGUCAAGAGUUACAAGAGAGUAUUGACAAGUUGAAAGAGGAUAUUGCUCGAGUGGAAUCGAAAAUGGGAGAAGAAGCAAACGACGAUAUUCUUCCCAGCUCUAUUGAAGACCAAAUUCAAGAGUUGUUGCAAAUUAAUCAGAAAGAAGUUGAAACGACAGCCAAUUUGGAAGAUGAAUUGGCCACGUUGGUGGAGCAGGACCGUGAGUUGGAACAACAGUUGAAGAAACUGCAUAGAGGUAGCACUUGGUUUAAAUGGAAUAAAUAA